UUUUAUUUCACACCCUUACUAAUCAAAUGCUCUCAGCUUCACCUAAAAGCAAAUAUAACUAUAUUUUCCUCCAUCAACAACUGGCCUUCCCUACCCACCUUUCUGUAUACUUUUAACAUCAGUCUGAGAAAUCCGACCUUCACAAAUUCCUUACUCUUCAUCGGAGGAGAAAGACGACAAGAGUUGCAGAAGGCGCUAAAUGGAUCCUUGCCCAUUUGUGCGAUUAAGUGUGGAGUCCCUCGCUCUUAAACUUCCAUUGGACGCAAAAUCACCCGGCUCAAUCGUACAAUCCUCUACCACUCCCUAUUUUUGCAAGAUCAACAUUAAGAACUUCCCUUCUCAGACAACGCUCCUCCCGCUCUCCACUAACUCCAAUCACGACUCACCACCUGAAUCCGCCACUUCUUCUCCUGCCUUCCACGUCGACGCCACUGUUAUCCGCCGCCUUUCCCUUAAGCCACUACCCCUACAUGUGCACGUCUACACUGGCCGCAUGGGUCACACUUGCGGCGUCAACUCUGGAAAGCUAUUGGGUCGGACCCAAGUCACCGUCGACUUUGCCGCUGCAAAUUCCAGACCCACCGUGUUUCAUACCGGUUGGACGAAGCUCAGCAGUGAGCCCGGUAAACCUUCUGUUUGGCUACACCUCGUCGUCCGGGGCGAACCAAGCCCUCGUUUCUUUUUCCAAUUCGGAGGUGAACCGGAAUGUAGCCCCGUUGUUUUCCAGAUUCAGGGCAAUAUUAGGCAACCGGUUUUCAGCUGCAAGUUUAGUGCCGACCGGAACUCAAGAUCUCGAUUGCUGCCAACAGAUUUUAACCCCCACAACAAAAGAUGGAUGAGAACAUUCUCGAUUGAAAAAGAACGACAAGGGAGGGAAAGAAAAGGAUGGAUGAUAAUAAUACACGAUCUUUCUGGAUCCCCUGUUGCAGCAGCCUCUAUGAUAACUCCAUUUGUGCCCUCUCCAGGCACAGACCAUGUGACUCGAUCAAAUCCUGGUGCAUGGUUGAUUCUACGGCCCCAUGGAUUAUCUGUUAGCAGCUGGAAGCCAUGGGGUCGUCUUGAGGCAUGGCGAGAGAGAGGUCCCAUCGAUGGGCUGGGCUAUAAAUUUGAGCUUGUUACAGAAAAUGGUCCCAACUGUCGCAUUCCCAUUACAGAAGCUACAAUGAGUGUUAAAAAGGGUGGUCAAUUUUGCAUUGAUAGUCGGUUAACGAGAGAUGGAGGAGUGGGUUCAAGGUCCCCUGUCAAAGGGUUUGUCAUGUGUUCAACUGUGGAAGGUGAAGGUAAGGUUAGCAAGCCUGUAGUGCAAGUUGGUGCCCAGCAUGUAACUUGCAUGACGGAUGCUGCACUGUUUAUUGCACUUUCAGCCGCCAUUGAUCUUAGCAUGGACGCUUGUCGCCUCUUUUCACAUAAACUUAGGAAGGAGCUUUGCCACCACGAACAAGAUUCCUUCUCUUAAGGAAAAGGGAAAAAAGAAAAAAAAAAAACACCCAUCCUAAUUUGCUCCUGCAGAUUCAUCUUCUGAUGCAGUGAUAACCAGAAAGUUAUAGCUUUCCCAAGCAAAUUACUGCUGUUGGUUUUGAGCAGAGAAGAUAUUUUUGCACAUAUAUCCCUCCUUUCUCUUAUUCCAUUUUGAUUUUUCCUCUCACAGAUGUAAUCUUUUUCCCCUGCUUUAGGAUGCCUUGAUUGAUUUUUGUCUUUGAAAUUCACAAUUCUUUUUUUGUGCGCUGGUGGUGGCGUCUUAGAGGGGGAUUUCUGUUUACUACGGGAUUGUUGUGUGCGUUUAUACCUUACAUAUCAAAACUGUAUACACAGAGCACGGAAAUUGUUUGUUUGUACUUUAUUUGAUUCUUUUUUUUUUUUGUAUUUUUGUAUUAGUUGUGUGAACUUCCCAAGCUUAGAUAUAUUUGG